AUGUCGGACGUUAAGGUUCAUGAGGAGGUGCAUGGCAUCUCCACUGCCAUCGAAGACCGAGCACACGUUCUUGCUGGAUAUGGAGAGACUACCAAGCGCGAGGGAGCGAAGACAAAGGAAGUCCACAAUGCCGAUUUGUUUGCUGCUAUCGAGGAGACAAAGAUCGAAAGAUGGAGCAAGGAGUCCCUCCACUUGUACUUCUGUAUCUUUGUCUCAUUCUGCUGUGCCUGUGCCAACGGUUAUGAUGGGUCUUUGAUGGGUUCUAUUCUUGCCAUGGAUCAUUAUCAGAAUGUGUUCAAUACUGGGAUGGAUGGACCUAAGGUCUCUCUGGUUACUUCCUUGUACACGGUUGGAUCUAUCGUCGCUACUCCAUUCAGCGCUGUCAUUUCGGACAAACUCGGUCGUCGCAAGUGCAUGUUUGUUGGUGCUUGGAUUAUCAUCAUUGGCUCAAUCAUCAUCGCGAGUGGUAUGACCUUGGCACAAUUUGUUGUUGGCCGGUUUGUCCUCGGUUUGGGCAUUCAGGUCAUGGUCGUCUCAGCUCCUGCUUAUGCCGUGGAGAUUGCCCCGCCUCACUGGCGUGGUCGUGCUGUCGGUUUCUACAACUGUGGCUGGUUUGGCGGCUCCAUUCCCGCAGCUGCGAUCACAUACGGGACCAACUUUAUCGGCAACAACUACCAGUGGCGUAUUCCAUUUAUCUGCCAAUGCUUUGCCUGUGUGAUCGUAAUUAUCUCCGUUUGGUUCAUCCCCGAGUCGCCUAGAUGGCUCAUGACCCAAGGCCGGAACGAGGAGGCAAUCGCGUUCCUGGUGAAGUAUCACGGCAAUGGAGAUCCCAAUGCCCGUCUGGUCCGUCUUGAAGUCGAGGAGAUGAAGGAAGGCAUUCGCAUCGAUGGUAUCGACAAGAGAUGGUGGGAUUACCGUCCAUUCGUCACUACUCACAGCGGACGCUGGCGUUUCGCCCAGGUCAUUAUGAUUUCAGUCUUCGGACAGUGGUCCGGUAAUGGUCUCGGCUACUUCAAUGCUACCAUUUUCAAGACCAUUGGAUAUACCUCCAGCUCUAUGCAGCUGUUGCUCAAUCUUGUCAACUCGAUUGUGUCCGCUGUGGGUGCAUUGAUUGCUGUGAACCUCACCGAUAAGAUGCCUCGUCGCCCCGUGCUGGUCUUUGGUACCCUUGCCUGUGCCGUCACACUUGCCAUCAAUGCUGGUAUUCUACAGGAGGUUGCAAACACUGGUCAAAUUAGCAAGACCAAGGGCCAGGCUGCUCUUGCAUUCUAUUAUCUUUUCAACGUCGUUUUUUCGUUCACUUAUACCCCACUCCAGGGUGUCAUCCCAGCCGAAGCCCUGGAAACAACUACUCGUGCCAAGGGCUUGGCUCUGUCUGGCUUCAUUGUCAGUAGCAUCAGUUUCAUCAGCCAGUUUGCCACUCCUAUUGGUCUGCAGAACAUUUCCACGAACUAUUUCUGGAUCUUUGUUGGCUGGGAUGUGAUCGAGUCGGUCUUUUGGUACUUCUUCUGUGUGGAAUCUCAAGGUCGGACUCUGGAGGAGUUGGAGUGGGUGUAUCAGCAACCCAACCCAGUCAAGGCGUCCCAGAACCUCGACAAGAUUGUGGUGCAGAGCGAUGGUACUGUUACUGAGAAAAUUGAGGACGAUGCCUGA